AUGACGGGACGGGCGACCGGGGAGGGGAGGGAGCAGAAGGGUCGUGGAACGCAAGGCUCCAGAGGUGAAGGGCAGAAGGGGAGUCAGUCAAGCCAUGUACCAGAAAGGGGGCCCAGGAAGGAAAAACAAAAGAAAGAGAAGAGGACCAGGUCCAUGACGCAGCACGCACACAGAGAGCGACACGAGAGACGCAGCAUCAGCUGGAUGACUGCUGGGCAGGUGCUGGGCGAAUGGACGAUACCGGCAGACCCCACACGCAGGAGGGAACGUGCUGGAAGCAUGAGGCGAACUUCGAGUCAAGGUCCCGCGGUGGGUGCCGUUGCGCGAUUUGGCGCCGGCGGUGCUGCUAAGGCCUUAGUGACGCGCCAUGCCAGGCCAGGAGACGCUCCUGGGCCAGUCCACGGCCAGUGCCCUCGUCAUGAUGCAAAACCGAGUGAUGCAACGUGCCCGUUCAGCCAUGGCACGACGUAA